AUUUAUUUUCAGAAAAUGGCUGUUCCACCAGCUUAUGCUGAUUUGGGAAAAUCUGCCAGAGAUGUUUUCACCAAGGGAUAUGGUUUUGGGUUAAUCAAACUUGAUUUGAAAACUAAAUCUGAAAAUGGACUGGAAUUUACAAGCUCAGGUUCAGCAAACUCAGAAACAAGCAAAGUUAGUGGUAGUUUGGAAACAAAAUACAGAUGGGUGGAAUACGGAUUGAUGUUCACAGAAAAAUGGAACACGGACAACACGCUAGGCACUGAGAUUACUCUUGAAGAUCAGCUUGCAAAAGGACUGAAGCUGACGUUUGACUCCUCAUUUUCUCCUAACACUGGGAAAAAGAGUGCUAAAGUUAAGUCGGGUUACAAGCGGGAACACAUCAACAUUGGCUGUGACAUGGAUUUUGAUAUCGCUGGUCCUUCGAUACGAGGAGCUCUGGUGCUUGGCUAUGAGGGCUGGUUGGCAGGUUACCAAAUGACUUUUGAGACCACUAAGUCCAGAAUAACCCAGAGCAACUUUGCUGUUGGCUAUAAAACUGAUGAAUUCCAGCUUCACACUAAUGUGAACGAUGGAACAGAAUUUGGAGGCUCCAUUUACCAGAAGGUGAAUGAUAAAUUGGAAACUGCCGUGAAUCUUGCUUGGACAGCUGGUAAUAGCAACACCCGCUUUGGAAUAGCAGCCAAGUAUCAGAUCGAUCCCGACGCCUCUUUUUCUGCUAAAGUGAACAACUCCAGUCUGAUUGGUUUAGGAUACACACAGACUUUGAAGCCAGGCAUCAAACUGACAUUGUCAGCUUUGUUGGAUGGCAAGAAUGUCAAUGCAGGUGGUCACAAACUUGGUCUAGGAUUGGAAUUUGAAGCAUAAAAAGUGAUGCCACCAUCGCUGUUUUGAAGAUMCUUUAACGCAUAGCUACCUUCAGAAUAUAGUGUACCUUUCAAUGUUYUAUGUAUGGGAUGCAAGUUCCUGCUGAGUAUCAGUCAUGCUAGUGCUGGUUUAUGAUGGCUAAGCUAAAGAUGUUUCAGAAGCGAGCCAAAAACAAACAAAAAAAUCCUAAUUCCAGGCAUUUUCCGAAUGUUGUUGCCACAUAAGAAAUGUGAAGGUAUUGAUUAGCUUUACUGGAGUAUUGACUACCCAGGGAGUAUGUGAAUGUGCUGUAAAAAUAAUGACUUUAAGAAUUACAAUCCACUSUAGUGAAUUGUGGUCUGUACGCCGAAUACCCUGACACUACGCGUUCAGAGCUUCAGUGAGAGAAUGUGUAAAAUUGCCUGAGAAAAAAAAGGGAUUUUUUUUUCUUUUGAUAGGUAUUUCAGAAAUGUUUUGUCUUUAUUUAGUUACCUUACACCUACAGCUCUCUUCAGAAUGCUUUAGGCCGUCCACCUURUGUAACUCUGUCGCAGAGGAAGUUUAAUGUGACUCAGCCAACACUACUUGUCCUGUGCUGUGGUUCCUUUCCCUUGCACUGAACGGGAAGCUUGUAAGACAGAGCCAUAAUCAGGGAAGGAAGAGUCUUUGUAACUGUAAUCACGCAGUUGCAUCACUUCAAAUUUGCAAUGGACUUUUGUUACCACUUUUUCUUUUAGCAAUUAAAUGGGUAUGUUUUUAGAGUCUUCCAUUU